UCCCCUUCUCGAGUUAUUUCUUGUCUCUAUGCUCCCGCCUCCGGAGGAAGGAGAGGCCCUCAUUUCCCAGCAGGCCCCGCGUUCCUUUUCUCGCCGCCGCGGCGUCUCCCAUCGGCCUUUGCGGGGCGGUGCCGGCAAAGUGGCUCCGGACCGCCGCCUGCCCGCGGAAGAAGAGCGGAGAGGGAGGCGGGAUUGAAGGAUUGAAUGGUGGCGGAGACCUGACGGCGGCGGCGGCGGCGGGUUCAUGUGGCGCUGGCUCUGGGGAACGUUGCGAGCCCUUCCGGGGCUGCGGAGGACCAGGAAGGGGCUGAACGGGGACGGGGCACUGGCAGGCGUGACGCUUCCCGCCAUGGAGCGGGCCGUGGUGCGCUGCGUCCCGUCCGAGCCGAAGCUCAGCGUCUCCUUCGCGGUGGGCGACGGCAGCACCCGGCAAGUGCAGCGGGACCAGGCGGAGCCUCUCGGCCGGGCCCUCGCCCGCAUCGCCUUCAACGCCAGCAGGGGCCGCAAAGCGGCUAAGAAGAGCAGCAAGAAGGCACGGCGGGCCGAGCCCGGGCCGGACCCGCAGCGGCCCCGUGGAGGCCGGCCCGGGCGCCUGCACCUUCGACGCCCGCCACCUCUACACCAAGAGGGUGACCGGCCCGGGCCUCGUCCGCACCGUCACCUACAACAUCCUGGCCGACAUCUACGCCCAGACGGAGCUCUCCCGGACGGUCCUCUACCCCUACUGCGCUCCCUACUCGCUGGAACUCGACUACCGGCAAAACCUGCUCAAGAAGGGGCCGGCCCGGGCGCCUGCACCUUCGACGCCCGCCACCUCUACACCAAGAGGGUGACCGGCCCGGGCCUCGUCCGCACCGUCACCUACAACAUCCUGGCCGACAUCUACGCCCAGACGGAGCUCUCCCGGACGGUCCUCUACCCCUACUGCGCUCCCUACUCGCUGGAACUCGACUACCGGCAAAACCUGCUCAAGAAGGAGCUGGCCGGCUACAACGCGGACAUCAUCUGCCUGCAGGAGGUGGACAAGUCGGUCUUUACGGAUAGCCUGGGCCCUGCCCUGGACGCCUUCGGCCUGGAGGGCCUCUUCAAGCUGAAAGAGAAGCAGCACGAGGGCCUGGCCACCUUCUAUCGACGGGACAAGUUCCGCCUCCUCAGCCAGCACGACAUUGCCCUAAACCAGGCCCUGCUGGAAGAUCCCUUGCAUGAAGACCUGCGAGGCAAGCUGGCCUCUCAUGCUCAGGUGCAGGAGAAAGUGCUCCAGCGCUCCUCCGUGCUGCAGGUCUCUGUUCUUCAGUCUGCAAGUGAUCCUUCAAGGAAAAUUUGUGUUGCCAACACCCACCUCUACUGGCACCCAAAAGGUCCAAACAUUCGUCUAAUCCAAACUGCAAUAUCAUUGGCCCAUAUUAGGCAUGUAGUGCAUGACAUGUAUCCUGAUGCACCUCUUAUAUUCUGUGGGGAUUUCAAUAGCACACCAUCCACUGGGAUGUAUAGUUUUAUCAGUAAUGGCAGCAUCGCUGAAGAUCACGAGGAUUGGGUCUCAGAUGGAGAAGAAUCGUGCUGCUCUAUGUCUUUAACACAUCCAUUCAAACUUAAAAGUGCUUGUGGAGAACCGGCAUACACAAAUUAUGUGGGAGGCUUUCAUGGAUGUUUGGACUACAUUUUUAUUGAUGCAAAUGCUUUGGAGGUUGAACAAGUAAUUCCACUGCCGAGUCAUGAAGAAGUAACUACUCAUCAAGCCUUACCCAGUGUUUCACACCCCUCAGAUCAUAUAGCUUUAAUAUGUGACUUAAAAUGGAAAUAGACUGAAGACAUCUUGCAUCUGUCUCUUGCUCUUCAGUUAAGGCACUUUGCUUGCUUUAAGAGGAAACUUGAUCACAAAUUUUUACAAAGGGGUCUUGGAUAAAAAAGGGUUACACGCCUUUUAGUUACAUACCAUAGUUUUUGUUCUUUCCAAAUGGUCAUAAUUCUCAUAACCAGAAUGGCCUUAUAGCCAGUGUUCCAUUUUUCUAUUCUAAUAUGCAAAGCUGUCAACAUUGAAUGCUCUUUUAUAGUUGAAUGAUUGUGUUCCUUUUUCAGGUGGUUUUAAAAUUGUGACUAAAAGUAUUUUCUUAAUGAAUACAAAAAUUGAAACAGUUUUGACAACCAAGAGUCUUGUGGUGGUGAGCAUUCUCUUUAAUGUCUUGCUAUUGGUCUUCUGAGAAGGCACAACCUGCCAAAAUUGUGUAAAUGUAUGCCACCCCUAUAAAACCAUUCCAAAAGUAAUUUGGCAAGUGACCUGCUCUCAGGUAUUCUGUGGGUGGGAAAUCUUGUCCAUGUAAACCAAAAUCAUUGUGUUUAAAUAAAGUAAAAAUCAUGACUGGA